AUGGAGCCUCAACCACCGUCACCAAUCCCUCAGCCCAUCGCGCGAACUGGGCCAGAUGUCGUUCCCGACACCGAAAUGGCCCAAAGAACCUUUACGCUCAUCCCAAAAUUCCCGGGCCGGGAUGAGUCACCAGACAAGCCGCCUCCACGGCCUAUGACGUCGAAACAGGUCCGGAACGCAUACAAAGCCGCAAACAAGGGGCCAAAACUCACGAGAGCGGAGCAAUGGAAAUUGGAAAAAGCAGAACAAGAACGGAUAAAGAAGGAGUUUGAGCGUGAAAAGGCAGCGGCCAAGGCUAAGGUUGCGCGGGAUAAGAAGAAGGAGAAGGAAUUGGCGGAGAAGAAAGAGAAGCAAAAGAAGAGAUUGCCACUUGUCAACGUUCGACCGAGUCAAGAGACGAUUUCUUGGUUCGUGAGAGGGAAUGGGUCUGCGAAAAAGAGGGAUGCGCAAGGAGAAGAAGUCGAGAAAACCGAUGCGACGACCAACAAGGAUAACGACAGAAUGGACGAACCCACAAGCGCAAACGAUCAUGAAAUGGAACAACCUGCUACGAAGCUACGGAAAUUAGAUGUUAUACAAGAAGAUGAGGACGAGGAAGAAUUCGAUUUUGGAGAUGUUGGAAUGGAAACGAGGCCCCAAAUUCAACCACCGACUUCCCCAGAAUCACCGAGAAUCGAGGCGGCAGCACAAGAAGGACCCAAAGAAGAUAAUUUGGAAGGAAUUACGAAGGAAAUCGCAGCAGUUGUUGAGCCUCAACCACCACCACAAAAACACUUGAUACCAGAAAUCGAACUGGAAGGGAUGGAGGACGAAUUGGACGAGGAUUUCGAAGAGGACCUUGCGCUCGGUAUAUUGGAAGACAUCGAGGCAGCUAUGGAAACGCCAAAACCCAAUACAAGCCAUGCUCCUGAAAUAGCCCCCGAGCUUUCAUCCAAAUCAGACUCUGCAGUACCGGCACCGCCAGUUGAUAACAUCAAAACGCCGGCGCCAAAUCGGUACGCAGAGGAUCUAGGCCUACAUCGCCCGGCUUCACCAACGUUUGUCAAGCCACCUCUCCCAAAAGAUUAUCCACGGCACGAAGAAGCACGAUCUUCUUCCCCACCGCAUCAGGAACCACCCAUGAGCACGCAGACCAUCCUGUACAACUUGGACGACUUCUUCCCCUCUUCCUCCCAGCAAGCACGCGAGCUUGAGGAAGAUCUAGACGAUGAUGACUUGGUGUCGUCUGCAGUCUUAAACCUUGCACCAAUUGCAGAAGAUGAGGAGGAAGAAUUUGAGGAUGCGGGACUUGAAACGUCUCCUGAACAACCACGGCUACCAGUACUCGAUCCUGCCCCUGAUACACCUCCACCGCCACCUAGACGCUUCUUUACAUCGUCUGGCUCGCAUGAACGAAUGUGUCUCGCCCUUCAGAGAAGUCGGCGCACAGCAGCGCUAGAACAGAUUCAACAACGUGAAAGAUCGAGGAUACAAGCUGGUAUGGUUCAGCGUGCUCGAACCGAGAGUCGCAAAGUCGUCAAACCGCCUGAAGCUACCGGAACACCACCCGUGAUUUCCAAACCUCCCCCACAAUCUGGACUACACAGUCGACCUCCACAACCUGCGAUUCGGAAAUCACGUUUGUUACACGAGAAACUUCACACUAACACACCCCCUCCACCAAAGCGUAUAGAAAUGCCAAAACAACCUCAGCAGCCACCUGCUGAAACAACACUUACAUCACACAACAAUAUGCACGCCCCAAAGCAUGCAGAACCACCAAAGCAAACACCACCAGCACCUCCACCACAGGAAAACAAAGAGAAUGAGAAGCCCCCACCGCUGGAGUCUUUUGCGCUUAGUGCUUCGCAAGAGUCAUACGGCGGAGAUUGGGUAGACGAUAUUGCACUAGAACUCAUGAUUUGA